AUGCGUUUCCCAACAGCAAAAAUCGCCGCUUUGGGGGCAUCGCUCAUCCCAAUUGCCUCGGCCCAGUCCAAUUCUUCCACAGGCCCGGAUGAGAAUGGCAUCUACUGGAUCAAGAGCGAAGGCCUCACGGCUGGAUUCAUUGCUUACGGCGCUUCCAUUAGCCACUUGCUUAUAAACGACCAAUAUGGUAUUCAGCGUGAUGUCGUGGCCGGAUUCGACAAUGCCACCUACUAUGGAAUCGACAAGCAGCACAACCACUUUGGUGGCGUGCCUGGUCGCUAUGCCAAUCGCAUAAAGAACAGCACCUUUGAGAUCGACGGCGAGACGUACAAGGUCGACGCCAACGAGAACGGUGGUCUGGACACUCUACACGGUGGCUCAGAUGGCUGGGACUACCGCAACUUCACCGUCGUCGCUUACACCGACGACUCCAUUACCUUCUCCAUUGUCGAUCCGGACGGCAAGGAGGGCUUCCCCGGCGAGGUUGUCUCCUACAUCACCUACACCGUUCACGAUUGGACCUGGGAUUUCAAGAUGAUCGCUCUCGCGACCACCAAGAAGACGCCCAUCAUGCUCAGCAGUCACACCUACUGGAACCUCGAUGGGUUCGCCAACAAUGAGACCAACCUGGUGCUGAACCACACCUUCUACCUGCCCUACAGUGGCCAGCGCGUUGGUGUCGACAAUAUUCUCAUUCCCACGGGAGAUAUCCUCGCCAAUCAGCCAGGCUCUGUCAACGACUUCUGGAGUGGCCCCAAGCAGAUUGGCGCAGCUUUCGACAGUGGCGACGCCGAGCUCAAGGGUAACUGUGGAUUCAACUGCACUGGAUAUGACAACUGCUGGCUCGUGAACCGAGAACAGAACGGCCCUUACGACUGGCGAACCGACGGAUUCGUCGCCCAGCUCGCAUCGCCCUGGUCAGGCAUCCAGCUCGACGUCUACUCUGACCAGGAAGCCUUCCAGAUGUACUCGUGCAACGGCCAAAACGGCAGCGUAGCGCUCAAGACGACGCAGGGUCUCUUUGACAAUGCCGACUUCCCGCGAACGAUUCCCCAGUACGGCUGCGUCGUGCUCGAGGUUGAGGACUGGAUCGACGCCAUUAACCAGCCCUCAUGGCAGCGCGAGAAGAAACAAAUCUAUGAGCCUGGUGGUGACCCAUACGUGCUGCAGGCUAGCUAUGUCUUUAGCAUCAACGGCACGAGCUCUUAA